AUGGCUGCUAUUGUCAAUCGUGUCACAAAUCUUGUACCUAAGCUUGCACUUCCUGCGGCACGUUAUGGACAAUCAAAGUUAACUCGUUUCUGGUAUUUUGCUCGUGUUGAAUUACGUCCACCUAUGCCAAAUGAAUUCGGUCAAAUUCAACAAAGUAUUCAACGAAUAGUUCAAUCAGCUUCAACAGGUGCUUGGCGUCAUUUGACUGUUAAACAAUUAACCUUAAAUACACUCGUUGGUCUUGAAGUUAUGUUUUGGUUUUAUAUUGGUGAAUGCAUUGGUCGUGGUAGUAUUAUUGGUUAUCGACCUGGACGAAGUGAAGGCAUCCCAGCUCCAUAUAAAUACUUCAUAUGUACAAUAAUUAGUGAAAUGAAUGAAACAUUUAUGGUACGAACUAAAGUAAAUGAUAGUAAUGGUUUAGCGACCGACAAAAUUCAAAUUCAAUUACAAUCAAAAUUAAGUAAUGAACAAAAUUCUACAAAUCAAACAUCACGACAAAAAACACUACCAUUGGAACUUGUGAUUCUACCAAAAAGUGAACAUGAUAUUAUGUUUCCAAAUGUAAUUGAUCUUAAUGUUGGUGGUUUUUAUUAUACAACUAGUUUAUCGACAUUACGUAAAUAUGAAGAUUCAAUGUUAGCAGUUAUGUUUAGUGGACGAUAUAAUCUAGUUCGAGAUAAAACUGGACGUAUAUUUAUUGAUCGUGAUGGACGUUUUUUUGGUCAUAUUUUAAAUUAUAUUCGUUGUAAUCAAAUGCCAACAGAAUCGAUUGCAUUAGAUGUAUUACAUGAAGCAGAAUUUUUCUGUAUUAGUUCUUUAAUAGCUAAACUUGAAAAUUCAAGUCCAUGUGUUAUAUCAUUACGUCGACGAGAAUCAUUUCGUCGUCUUAUACCUGAUUAUGAACAUAUGAAAAUGGAUAUUAUUAAUAAAUCAAUUGAAAAACGUUCAGCAUUUCAUGAAUCACGUGUUGUUAUAACACAACUUGAUCAUACUAAAUUAAAAGGAACAAUACCUUGUUAUAAUUGUAGUCGAGAAUUUGUCACAGUUAAUCAUGCUUGUGCUUUUGAUGGUCUUACAGCUGAUUUACAAAUUCAACAACAAUUAAAACCGAUUCAAUCAGAUAUAAGUAUUGAUAUGGAUAAACUUAUUGCAUUUGUUGUUGAUGAAUUAGUUCAUGAUGGUUUUAAAGCAACAGCUGAACGCGUUACAUGUCGUUUUAGUGUUCGUUGUCAAAGUUGUACUCUUAGCGGUUUAUAUACAGCCGGUGGAAUAUUAGCACCAAGAGAAUGUCAAAAUAUUGCUCAUGUUAUUAAAUUUAUCUGGUCAUAA